AUGGCAGCACAAAAUCACAUUCCACUUCCAAUUGGUCAAGAUCCUUCUUCUCCUUACUACAUUCAUCCUUUUGAUAUGAAUUCCAUGCAAUUUUUUACGAACAAAUUCAAUGGAGAAGGAUUUACUGACUGGAAGAGAAGCAUGACUAUUGCUCUUUCAACCAAAAACAAGUUAGGCUUUGUUAUCGAUACUACUAUUGCUCGUAGUGUCUUGUAUCUUAAUAUUGAUGCUGAGAUAUGGAAGGAUCUGGAAGACAUAUAUGGUUAUACAUCUGGUCCUCAGUUGUAUUCAAUUGAGCAACAAUUGUUAGAUGCUCACCAAAAUGCAUAUUCAAUCGCUGCAUUUUUCACAAAGAUGAAAAUGCUAUGGGAUGAGUUAAAUGCUGCUAGUCCUUUCCCUAUAUGUAUUUGCAAUCAAUGA